UGGUAAAACCUGAUUAGAUUUGUUGGCGCGUAUGGAGAAGAACAGUGUGGAAAUGGAGUGAUGUGUUUUGAUAUUUAUCCGCUGACUAGUGUUGGCCGUAUGAAUACAGACAUGCCGCGUACGGCCUGGUGAAGUGUCUUCUGGGCAGGCCGUCUUAUUCUUCCUUUCCGUGUUCGUUCCGACUAAUCAGUGGUUCUCGGGACCCUUCUGCCCCCACUGAGCCCCCAUCGCCUCACCCUGGACCUUGACGAGCCCUGUUCUCCCCCACUGGACUCCCUGGAAACAGUACUCUAAGUACUGGGUUGGCCGCUCUGUCGAUUGGAUUGAGUUUGGAACAGACUUGGAAACGUGUGCACCUGUUGCUACUUGCGAGCAGUCAGUCAGUCGAUUGGAUUAGACGAGAGAUUACUGCGUGUUGAGCUCGAUUAAUUUUAAUCCGUGCUGAACGAUGUACAACGGCGACAGCGCGAUGCAGGCCAGCGGAAGCGGCAACGGCCAGCCGCCGCAGGCGCAGGAGAGCGGUCUCAACUACAGCGAGGCCUUCCCGGCGCUGCCCGACAAGGUGCCCGAGGGGCCCAAGAGCGUGGCGCCCUCGCCGUGGGGCGCGCGGAGCACCUCGCACAGCGCCCGCAUGGCCAUGACGCAGAGCAGUCAGACGUCGGAGAGACUGACCAUCCCGUACGAGGAGCGACGCUUCAAAGGAGGAGAGGAGGUGCGCUUCGGCAAGGACGGGGAGAGCGAGAAGAGCGUCUGCUACGCCAUCAGUCAGGACACAGGCGCCCAGAUCGUCCUGACGCAGAGCAAGGACCGCAGUCUGACGCUGCUCAUCAGCGGCAAGCGCGAGGACGUGAAGCGCGCCCGCAACGCCGCGCUGCAGCGCCUGCAGACGCAGGCCAGCGACUCGCUGGACAUCCCCAAGGAGUACCACCGCUUCAUCCUGGGCGCCAAGGGCAAGACCAAGGAGGACCUCGAGGUCUCCACCGCCACCAAGAUCACCGUGCCGCGCAUGGACGACGCCAACAACUUCGUCAAGAUCACCGGUCCCAAGGAGGGAAUCGUCAUCGCCCGCGAGAAGAUCAUGCAGAUCUACGAGGAGCAGUCCAAGCGCGCCGCCGAGCGAUUGAACAUCCCGCGCAUCUUCCACCCCUUCAUCUGCGGCCCCAACAACGCCUACCUGGACCGGCUGCGCCAAAAGUCCGGCGUCAGCAUCAACGUGCCGCCGCCCAGCGCCAUGAAGGACGAGAUCAGCAUCAGCGGCGAGCGCGAACCCGUGGCCUUCGUCAAGAACGAACUGCUGCGGAUGACCAGCGAACUGUCUAACACCACGAAGGAGAUCACGGUGGAGGUGCCGCGCGCCCAACACCGCUACGUCCAGGGACCCCGCGGCAACCACCUGCACGAGAUCCUGGAGAAGACCGGCGUCUGGGUGGAGCUGCCUUUCCAGGACACCGACAGCGACUCGGUGCAUUUGCGCGGCAAUCCCGCCAACUUCGGGGAGGCGCUGAAGAUGGUCUUCAACAAGGCUAACAGCGUGGUGAAGGUGGAGCUGAAGGCGCCCAGCUGGAUCCACAAGUACAUGAUCGGCAAGGGCGGCGAGAAGGUGCGCGAACUGGGCAACCGCUUCCCCGAGGUGCACGUCAACUUCGUCGUCGAGGAGGACAAGAUCGUCAUCGAGGGGCCGCCGCGCGACGUCGAGGAGGUGCGCAAGAUCCUGGAGGCCGAGUCCAAGACCCUGGUCAGCACGCUGGCCGUCAGCGAGGUGAAGGUGGACGACAAGUACAUGAAGCACAUCAUCGGCAAGAGCGGCAGCAACGUGUCCCGCCUGAAGGACGAGCUGGGCGUGCAGAUCCGCUCAUCGGACGCCAACCGGCCCAACGUGCUGGUGAUCGAGGGCCCCAAGAACUCGGUGGCGGAGGCGGUGAAGGCGCUGCAGGAGCGGCUGAGCAAGAUGGAGAACGAGCGCUCCAAGGACAUCAUCAUCGACCGCGCGCUGCACAAACUGAUCAUCGGGCAGAAGGGCGAGCGCAUCCGCGAGAUCCGCGACAAGUUCAAGGAGACCAACGUGGCCUUCCCCGAGUCCAAGGAGAACAGCGACGUGGUGACGAUCCGCGGGCCGAAGGAGGAGGUGGACAAGUGCUACAAGCACCUGGAGAAGCUGGUUAAAGACCUGGCGGCCAGCAACUUCCGGCUGGAGGUGCCCAUCUUCAAGGACAUGCACCGCACCAUCAUCGGCAAGGGCGGCGCCACCAUCCGCAAGAUCCGCGACGAGACCGACACCAAGAUCGACCUGCCGGCGGAGAACGCCGACUCGGACGUGAUCACCAUCACCGGCAAGAAGGAGAACGCCGAGAAGGCCAAGGAGAUGAUCCUCAAGAUCCAGAACGAACUGGCCAACGCCGUGGAGGUGAAGGUGAGCAUCCCCAGCAAGCUGCACCCCAACCUCAUCGGCGCCAAGGGCCGCACCAUCAGCGGCGUCAUCCAGGAGUGCGGCAACGUGCAGAUCACGCUGCCGCAGUCCGGCUCCGGCCUGGACGAGAUCACGAUCCGCGGCCCCAAGGCCGACGCCGAGAAGGCCAAACAGCUGCUGGAGAAGAUCGCGCACGACCGCGAACUGUCCAGCUUCACGGCCGAGAUCCCCGCCAAGCAGGAGUACCACAAGUACAUUGUCGGCGCCAACCGCGGCAAUAUCAACCGCUUACGCGAGCGCUACAACGUGCGCAUCGCCAUCCCGAGUUCCGUCCAGGAGGAGAAGGAUACCAUUGUCGUUAUUGGGCGUAAGGAAGAUGUUGAGAAGGCCAAGGUGGACAUUGAACGCACGCUGCAGGAAUUGCACAACACUGUGGACGACUCGGUGGAUAUCCCGGUGAAGUACCACAAGAACUUCACCGCGCGGCGCGCCGAAGAGAUCCGGCACAUCCAGGAGGAGACGGGCAACGUGAGCAUCACGUUCCCGCGCAUGGGCGAGGAGAACGAGAAGGUGCUGCUGCGCGGGCCCCAGGAGGCGGUGGACGCGGCCAAGCGGAUGCUGCUGCAGCGCGUCGCCGACUGGGAGUCCUACAUCACCAUCGAGGUGGACAUUCCCCCGCAGUACUACGGCAACAUCAUGGGCCCCAAGGGCGCGCGCGUCAUGGACGUGUCCGACGAGUUCGACGUGCACAUCAAGUUCCCCGAGCGCAAGGACAACCGCGCCAACAACAAUAACAACGCCGCCCACGUCAACGGCGAGCAGCCGGCGCCUGCCGAGGGCACCAACGGGGAAGCGCCCAAGGAGGUCAUCACCGUCACGGGCCGUCCGGAGGACUGCGAGGCCGCCAAACAGGCGCUCCUGGAUCUGGUGCCGGUGGUGGAGGAGAUGCCCGUCCCCUUCGAGUACCACAGCAGCAUCAUCGGGAAGGCGGGCGCCAGCAUCCGCAAGCUGAUGGACGAGUUCAAGGUCAACAUCAACAUCCCCAACUCGGCCGAGCAGAGCGACGUCAUCAAGAUCCGCGGACUGCGCCGUAACGUGGAUGAAGCCAAGGAAGGGCUGGCGGCGCGCGUCAAGGAGCUGGACAAGCUCAAGGAGGAGCGGGCGCUGCGCAACUUCCGCGUGGAGAUGCGCGUGGAGCCCAAGUACCACUUCCAGCUGAUCGGCCAGCGCGGCGUGGAGGUGAACAAGCUGCGCAACGAGUUCCAGGUGGAGCUGCAGUUCCCGCGCAGUGACGCGGCCGCCGAGGACGCCGACAAGAUCGUCAUCGUCGGCCUGGAGUCGCAGGCGCAGGCGGCGCGCGACAAGAUCCAGGCCAUCAUCGAGGCCGAGAAGAGCAAGUCGCGCGUGGAGGUGCCGCUGGACAGCCGCAUCCACGCCCGCAUCAUCGGCGGCAAGGGCGCCGCGCUGAAGCGCCUGGAGGACCGCUUCAAGGUCAAGAUCAACUUCCCGCGCCGCGACGACGAGGACGCCAACGUGGUGACGGUGGUGGGCGACGAGGAGAACGUGUACGACUGCGAGGCGGAGCUGAAGCGCCUGGAGGACAUCUACCUGGACGAUGUGGUGGAGAACGAGACCCUGCGCGCCUACCACUCCCCGGCCACGGCCGCCGGCCGCCAGGACGCCCGCCAGAACCACAACGGCGCGGCGACGGCCGCCGGACAGUCCGGCUCCGGGUUCGUGGUGAAGGGCGCGCCCUGGGAGCAGAACCUGGAGGAGUUCCCCACGCUGAACCGCCAGAGCAGCGACGCGGGCAGCGGCAACUCCGUCCCGGCCGCCUCCGCCGCCGUCAGCAACUCGCGCUGGGGCGCCCCGCGCUGAGCCUGAGGCUGAGCGGACCGGCCCGGCCCGCCUUCGUCCCGCUUGCCGUCCUCAUGAUCCGCCUCAGGCGUGCGACGAGGGAUCCCUUCCCUCGACGAACCUUACAAGCCCCUUUCUAACCUCGCUCACCGUCAGAAACAGAAUCAGCCGCGUCGCGUGUUAAUCGUAGUUGUGCCUUGACGGCGCUGAACAGACUAAACAGAACAGAUCAGAUAGAUGUUGUACGUGUUGCUUUGUUGUUGUGUUGCCAUUGCAGUUGUCGUACAGAUACUGGUAUAGCAGCGCCGAUUGACUAAUCGUCAGUUGGAUUGUGUUGUCUUAGGUGAUGAUUGUAGACUGUGUCGGAACGAUAGAUUGUUUGAUUACAGUACAGUACUUUGAUAGAUAGACGCUGCAGAUGCUGUUGUGGUCCAUAAUUGUGUUUGUUUCGCUCUGCUUUUCACUAAUGCGCCUCAAGUGCCUUUAUUGCCAUAAUAAAUAACGAUUAAUUACUGUACCAAUAAAGUUAUAAACCUG